CCAAAACACCUUCUUUAACCCCUCCUCUCUUUUCUCCUUCCUUUUCUCUCUAAUUCUUCUUUCCUCUGUUUUUUUGGUUUCAAGUUUUUCUUGGAAUCUCCACCACCCAAAAUCUUCCAAAAAAGUUUUUUUUUUCUUCUACUAAACAAAAUCAUAAAAGGGGUUUUUGUUUUUAAAUCUUUUAAACUAAUCUUAAUGCUACCCCAAUUAUUUUUAAUUUUUGAAAUUCAUGUCUGCAAUUCUGAGUGAACUGUUUCUUUCGGGGUUUAUGAUAAAUUCCACAUAUAGGCGCAGGACCCAUUUGGUGCAAUCUUUCUCUGUUGUUUUUCUCUACUGGUUUUACUUCAUUUCAUAGCCCCGCCAGCUUAAUAACUACUACUAUUUUUAUAUAAUUUUAUUAAUCUAUAAAAAUAAAAACUUAAAUCUAAAAAAAUAUUUUUCAUUCUGCUCUGUUUUUUUUAAAUCAAAAACUCCAUCUGGGUCCUGCUAAUUUUAACUUUAUUGAAUAUUUUUGGGUCAUGGCUUCGUCAAGUGGUACAUCAUCAGGUUCAUCGUUUUUACAAAACUCGGGUUCAGAAGAAGAUCUUCAGCAAUUAAUGGAUCAAAGGAAGAGAAAAAGAAUGAUAUCGAACCGCGAAUCAGCAA